CGUCCCCCAUUCCUCCUCACCCAGCCCCGCCGCCUCGCGAACCAGCACCGCGCAUGCCAGCGCCGCCGAUCAGCAGGCGCCACCACCCCCUCCACCUCCGGCGCCGGAUCAGUAGUACUAGUACCUUCUCUGAGCUCUUCUUGCUCCUGCGGUGACUCGAGGAGGGAGGGAACCUUGCUUGUGGACGGCUAGCUUGAGGAGGGUUCGUCGGAGACGGGAAGGAAAGGCGAGCAGCGGCUAAUAAUGCCUCCCAACGCCCACGACGCGCACGGAAGCGCCGGCGGCCUCCCCGUGACAGCGGCGGCGGCGAACAAGAUGGACUGCUUCCUGACCACCGCCUGCACGCCGCUCCACCUCCAGUUCAUCGACGUGUCGUACCGCGUGAAGCAGACGGAGCGGUCGGCGCCGCCGGGCCGGAUAUCCUCGCACUCCGGCGGGGCGUGCUCCGGCGCCGCAGCGGCGCCGGAGGAGCGGACGAUCCUCCGGGGCGUCACGGGCGAGGCGCGGCCGGGGGAGGUGCUCGCGGUGCUGGGCCCGUCGGGGAGCGGCAAGUCGACGCUGCUCUCCAUCCUCGGCGGCCGCCUCGCGGGCCGGCACGGCGGGACGGUGCUGGCCGGCGGCCGCCCGCCCAGCUGCCGCGGCGCGGCGCGGCGGCGCACGGGGUUCGUGGCGCAGGACGACGUGCUCCACCCGCACCUCACCGUGCGUGAGACGCUCGUCUUCUGCGCGAUGCUGCGGCUGCCCCGAGCGGCGCCGGCGGCGGCCAAGGCGGCCGCCGCCGAGGCCGUGAUCGCCGAGCUCGGGCUCGCCGCCUGCGCCGACACCGCCGUGGGCAACGCGUUCGUGCGCGGCGUGUCGGGGGGCGAGCGGAAGCGCGUCAGCAUCGGUCACGAGAUGCUGGUGAACCCGAGCCUGCUCAUCCUCGACGAGCCCACGUCGGGGCUCGACUCCACCGCCGCCGCGCGACUCCUCGCCACGCUGUCGGCGCUGGCGAGGAAGGGCCGCACCGUCGUCAUGUCCGUGCACCAGCCGUCGUCCAGGGUGUACCGCAUGUUCGACUCCGUCCUGCUGCUCGCCGAGGGCAGCUGCCUCUACUUCGGCGCCGGCCGCGACGCCAUGGACUACUUCGCCUCCGUCGGCUUCGCGCCGGGCUUCCACGUCAACCCGGCCGACUUCAUGCUCGACCUUGCCAAUGGUUUUGCUCAAGCAGAUUACAAUUUCACCGCAGAAGGCGGCAACGUGAAGCAGUCGCUGAUCUCGUCCUACAACAAGGUGCUCGCCCCAAGGGUGAAGGCGUCCAUCAAUGCCGCCGCAGCGGAGCACGCCCUUGAGCCGCAGCCGCAGCCGCAGCCACCGCUGGCGGAGAGCUGCAGCGGGUGCACGAGCUGGGCGAACCAGUUCAUGAUCCUGCUCCGGCGCAGCCUCAAGGAGCGGCGGCACGAGGCGUUCACGUCGCUGCGCGUCUUCCAGAUCCUCGCGCCGGCGCUGGUCGCCGGCGCCAUGUGGUGGCGGUCGUCGCCGGCGGCGGUGCAGGACCGGCUGGGCCUGCUCUUCUUCGUCUCCAUCUUCUGGGGCGUCUUCGCCUCCUUCAACGCCGUCUUCGCCAUCCCGCAGGAGCGGCCGGUGCUCGCCCGGGAGCGCGCCUCCGGCAUGUACGCGCUCUCCUCCUACUUCAUGGCCCGGAUGGCCGGCGACCUGCCCAUGGAGCUCGCGCUGCCGGCGGCGUUCACGGUGGUCGUCUACCUGAUGGCCGGGCUCAACCCGGCGCCCGCCGCGUUCGCGCUCACCCUAGCCGUGAUCCUCUCGUACGUGCUCGUCGCGGGGGGGCUCGGGCUCGCCGUCGGCGCCGCCAUGAUGGACGCCAAGCGCGCGUCGACGCUGGUGACGGUGGUCAUGCUCGCCUUCCUCCUCACCGGCGGCUUCUACGUGCACAACGUGCCGGGCUUCAUGGCGUGGGCCAAGUACACCUCCUUCACCUACUACUGCUACCGCCUGCUCAUCGCCGUGCAGUACGGCGGACACCUGCGCCGCCUGCUCCCGCCGGAGGCCGUCGACGGCGAGGCCGGCCCGGGAGCCUGCGUCGCCGCGCUCGCCGCCAUGCUCUUCGGGUACCGGCUGCUGGCCUACCUCGCCCUGCGCCGCGUCAGGAAGUGACCUACUGGCCGCCGGCGCCGCCGGCGAUGUAGCUAGCUAGGUGCGUGUCCAUUGACGAUUCCGGCCGGCCGGCGGGCCAGGCACGAUGACCAAAGGCUCCGGCCGGCCGGCGGGCCCGGCACGAUGACCAAAGGCUCCGGCCGGCCGGCCGGCGCGCGCGGCGAACCGAGAUCAGCGGCGGCGGCGGGCGUCGGGGGAGAUGAAUCGACCAGAUGACGCGGUUGUUGUUGGCGUCGCCGGCGACCGACGAGGUCGUCGUCUUCCUCUUGGGAUUUCUUGCUUUUUUUCCCCUCUUACUACCUAAAAUUUGGCCAUCGGUCGAUCGAGAUGCCUUCUUGAAAGCAAGUGGACUAUAUAUUGAUCAAUCAGUGGGUGUAAGUUGUGAGAGCUGAAUUGGCUCCUUGGUGGUCUGAUGAAGAUGAAUUGGCCGUGAUGGGUUUGAUUAAAAAUUUUCAAAAUUCAAGUGAAUAAUGACAUGACGAUUACAAAUUUACAA